UGCUUUGUGGCUUUUCUCCGAGCAGUCAGCCGACUGCGCGGGGGGUAAUCGGUGUCCCUGGCACCGCCUGGAAUCCCGAGAGCCUACUGAGGCCUACACCAGCCGGGGCCGGGCAGGCGAACCAGCCUGGUCUAGGAAGCUGGGCGAUGCCCCGCCAUGGAGUGUCUCCCGGCCACGGCCGCCCCAGGUCGGGCGGGGAGCAGGCAUCGGACAGGUCCUUCGGGGCCCCCUGUCUGAGGCUCCUGUGGUUGGGCUUGGCACUUGCGCUGGCACUGCCCAACUCCCUGGUCCUCUGGUCCCCUGCGGAGGCCCACCCUCUUCCUGCCCAAGGCCAUCCCGCCAAGUUCAUUCGCAUAGCGCCCCAGCUCCAGGAGGCCUUUGGCUGGUGGAACCUCACCUGCCCAACCUGCAAAGGACUAUUCACCGCCAUCGACUUCGGGCUGAGGAAUCAGGCCAGUGUGGCCUGGGUGGGCUCCGUGGCCAUCAAGCUGUGCAUGCUGCUGAAGAUCGCGCCGCCUGCCGUGUGCCAGUCAGCUGUCCACCUCUUCGAGGACGACAUGGUGGAGGUGUGGACACGCUCAGUGCUGAGCCCGUCGGAGGCCUGUGGUCUGCUGCUGGGCUCUUCCUGUGGGCACUGGGACAUCUUCUCCUCUUGGAAUAUCUCUCUGCCGGCCGUGCCAAAGCCGCCCCCCCAGCCGCCCAAGCCCCCAGCCCCAGGCUCCCCUGUCAGCCGCGUCCUCUUCCUCACUGAUUUGCACUGGGAUCACGACUACCUCGAAGGCACAGACCCCAACUGUGAGAACCCACUGUGUUGCCGCCGGGAUUCGGGCCCACCGCCUGCCUCCCAGCCCGGUGCUGGGUACUGGGGCGAGUAUAGCAAGUGUGACCUGCCUCUGCGAACCCUGGAGAGCCUGUUGAGUGGGCUGGGCCCCGCCGGCCCUUUUGAUAUGGUGUACUGGACAGGAGACAUCCCUGCUCACAACGUCUGGCAGCAGUCUCGUCAGGACCAGCUGCGGGCGCUGACCACCGUCACAGCCCUUGUGAAGAAGUUCUUGGGGCCCGUGCCGGUGUACCCUGCCGUGGGCAACCACGAGAGCACACCCGUCAACGGCUUCCCUCCCCCCUUCAUAAAGGGCAACCAGUCUUCCCACUGGCUCUAUGAGGCGAUGGCCGAGGCGUGGGAGCCCUGGCUGCCGGCUGAAGCCCUUCACACCCUCAGAAUUGGGGGGUUCUAUGCCCUUUCCCCACGCCCUGGCCUCCGCCUCAUCUCUCUCAACAUGAAUUUCUGUUCCCGUGAGAACUUCUGGCUCUUGAUCAACUCCACAGACCCUGCUGGACAGCUCCAGUGGCUGGUGGGGGAGCUUCAGGCCGCUGAGGACCGAGGAGACAAAGUGCACAUAAUUGGCCACAUUCCCCCAGGGCACUGCCUGAAGAGCUGGAGCUGGAAUUAUUACAGGAUUGUGGAAAGGUAUGAGAACACCUUGGCCGGUCAGUUCUUUGGUCACACCCACGUGGAUGAGUUUGAGGUCUUCUAUGACGAAGAGACCCUCAGCCGGCCGCUGUCUGUAGCCUUCCUGGCGCCCAGUGCCACCACCUACAUCGGCCUUAAUCCUGGGUACCGUGUCUACCAAAUAGACGGCAACUAUUCCGGGAGCUCUCACGUGGUCCUGGACCAUGAGACCUACAUCCUGAACCUGACGGAGGCGAACGAGCCCGGAGCCACACCACACUGGCACCUCCUCUAUAGGGCUCGGGAAACCUAUGGGCUGCCCAACGCGCUGCCCACCGCCUGGCACGACCUGGUGUACCGCAUGUGGAGGGACACACAGCUUUUCCAGACCUUCUGGUUUCUCUACCAUAAGGGCCACCCGCCCUCGGAGCCCUGCGGCACACCCUGCCGCCUCGCUACCCUGUGUGCCCAGCUCUCCGCCCGCUCAGACAGCCCUGCUCUGUGUCGCCACCUGGUGCCGGAUGCGAGCCUCCCCGAUGUCCAGAGCCUGUGGUCAAGACCACUGCUGUGCUGACACCCCUGGGGCCCGGAAGUGGGAAACAGCUUGUCGUAAGAAAGGCGUGAAAACCCCAGAGGGCCACUGUGAGAAGAAGAAUGUCUGGUGGAAGGGCCCAUCUCUGGUGGUCCAUGCACACCUCGAAAACAAGACCUCCUUUCCUGGAGCUGGUUUAGCAAAAUAUGGGAGGGGGGUUGGCUGCUCUGAGGCUGCUGUCCUUUUGUGGCCAUGGAGCAGAGGUCUCAGUUGGCACUGACCUGGGCAGACCAGACAGAAGUUGUCACCCCAGGCCUGUACUGGUCAGCCAGGAACCCUGUACGUCUGCUGCUGCCUGGUUGCCAGGCUGUUCAAAUAAAUACAAGGAACUUGGACUUGA